CAGGAGGGAGGCUGAACUUGCCUAUGACUGACAGCCAGCUGGGACUUCCUGUGUGUGUGGGUUUGCUGCUGCUAGCGCAACAGAGCCUUAACGCUUUGUGUGCAAGGGGAAUAAGAAAAGGGGGGGAAUCAAAACACAGGCAGACAGACAAAUCUGGGGGUGGAUAAGUAGCGGGGAUCUCUUUUGCCGGGGCUUUUCUGAAAGCACACGGAGGAGGGGAAAGGGGGAUUCACGAGCAGCCAGCCAGCCGCUGGAGGAGGAAGAGGAGGAGGCUGCACUGCGGAAUAACGGGAGCUAAAAGAGGAAGAGGUUUGUAGCUGCCGCUGCUGCUUGUCGCUGAUCCAGCAACUCAGGUUUGUUGUCUGUUUACAGUCACAAAGAUGGCUGCUUCGUCCUCUUGCAAUGUGGAAGACGACGAGAGCCUGAAGGGAUGUGAACGCUACGUUCAGAAGCAUAAUAUCCAGCAGAUUCUGAAAGAGUGCAUUGUCAACCUCUGCAUAGCAAAACCUGACCGGCCGAUGAAGUUCUUGCGAGAACAUUUUGAGAAACUGGAGAAGGAAGAAUGCAAACAGAUCCUGGCUUGGCAGAAAUCCAACUCACAAUCGGAUUCCCACGAUGACGAAAUUUCUCCUCCGCCCCCAAACCCGGUGGUCAAGGCGCGGCACAGAAGGGGUGGAGUCAGUGCAGAGGUGUACACGGAAGAAGAUGCGGUUUCUUAUGUCAGGAAGGUUAUUCCCAAGGACUAUAAAACCAUGACUGCUCUGGCAAAGGCCAUCUCCAAGAACGUGCUCUUUGCUCACCUGGAUGAUAAUGAGAGAAGUGACAUAUUUGAUGCCAUGUUCCCUGUCACACACAUUGCUGGAGAGACUGUCAUACAACAGGGAGAUGAAGGAGACAACUUCUACGUAAUCGACCAAGGAGAAGUGGAUGUGUAUGUGAACGGAGAAUGGGUCACCAGCAUUGGAGAAGGAGGAAGCUUUGGAGAACUCGCCCUCAUCUACGGAACGCCAAGAGCUGCAACGGUUAAAGCCAAGACAGACCUCAAGCUUUGGGGUAUUGACAGGGACAGCUACAGGCGCAUUCUAAUGGGCAGCACCCUGAGGAAGCGGAAGAUGUAUGAAGAAUUCCUCAGCAAGGUCUCCAUCUUGGAAUCUCUCGACAAAUGGGAGCGGUUGACUGUGGCAGAUGCUCUAGAACCAGUCCAGUUUGAAGACGGAGAAAAGAUAGUUGUUCAGGGAGAGCCAGGAGAUGACUUUUUCAUCAUCACAGAGGGCACAGCUUCCGUUCUCCAGCGCAGGUCUGACAACGAAGAGUAUGUGGAGGUCGGACGGCUUGGACCAUCAGAUUAUUUUGGAGAGAUAGCCCUCUUGCUCAACAGGCCCCGGGCUGCCACUGUGGUGGCUCGUGGGCCCCUGAAGUGUGUCAAGCUGGAUCGCCCUCGCUUCGAACGAGUCCUUGGUCCUUGCUCAGAAAUCCUCAAGAGGAACAUCCAGAGAUACAACAGUUUCAUUUCCCUCACUGUUUAAGGUCAUUCCUGCUGGCUGCCUUUUAUGUUAAAAACUUGUGCACUUAAAUUUCGACCCAUGCCGUUCCAUAGCUUUUUGAAGAAAACAAGAGACGUGUGUAUUUUACGUAUAUUUUUUAAACGAUCAUGUCAGGGGCACUAGAUAUCCGAUCAUCAUCUUUGUUAUUAUGUUAGAAAAAAAGGCAGUAGAGAGCUUGAUGAAAGUGGCUUUCGUGAACCAUUUGUAGGAUUUUUUUAAAUUUAUUUUUUCACAUCCUGAAUUACAUUCCUGGUUGCCCUGGUCAUGACGCCUCUCGGAAUGCAGUUUUAAAUACUGAAAACCACACAUUUCAGCAUUUAUUUUACCUAAGUGUGCUGAACAGCUGGUCGUAUCUAUGUUUUGUCAAAGGGUAAAACAAAACACCUAAACCCACAACUACUUGAAUAUUCAUCUUCAGAAUUCUUCUUAGGCGGAUUAGAUGUUUCCUAAGACCCUCCCCUCACAAAAAAAUUACAAAACCCCCUUUUAACAUUUGUGAGAGUUGAUUAGCGAAUGGAGCCAUAGUCCAACAAGGAGCAACAGGCCCAUAAGCUCAUUGAAAUCACCAGGCUUAAGCUACAGAGAGAGUUGAAGGAUAUUCAGAACAGAGACUAACACCAAAACAGGUCUCCCUUUUAUGAAUAUCCUACCCUGAGUGUGCUCAUCAGUGCGAUAAGGUUUGUUUUCCCUUCCUUUUUGGACAUCCAACUCUGCCCUGAGAUCGAUGGCUCAAAAUAGCAACAUGGUGUAAGAAGUGGGUGGGACCUCAGCUUUGCUGCUCCACAUCAAAGCUUCUUCCUGCGUUAAGGAUACCGUAGCUCCACACGGCUCAGGAAUUUGGCACCAGUGGUGAGGGAGGCCGCUUUUGGCACAGUCACGUAGCAGGUGACUUGGGCAUGGCAAUGGGACACUGACGCUGCCAGAACUGAAAUACCUGGGGGGGGCAAUUAUAUCUGUUACGCUGUUUCCUCUUCUGAAUCCAGCAUGUUAUUGAGGAGGGAGUUGCCUUACACUGAGUUAGACUGUAGUUCUACCCAGCUACAUACCUUAUAGCCUCCUCUGGCUGAAAGGUAGGUCUCCAACAGAUCUCUUUCCCUCGACCCUGCUGCUCGAGACCCUCUUAAUUGAAGAUGCUGGGGACUGAAUACAGCGCCUUCUGCAUUUGAUGCAUGCUGUCCAGCACUGAGUCAUUGCUGCUCCUUCACCGUGGAGGAAGCAUCAAGCAAUGGCAAGUUCUUUACAUGAAGGAACGUGGCGCGUGGCAACUGAUAGUGGAAUAGGCGGAGAAUGAAUUUGGACAGUCUUUAAGGCAGAGAUGGCCAACACAGCCCAUAGAGUCGAACAUGGAGCGAUUUUGAGGGGGCAAAAAUAAACUGUGAUCCCUGAUUAGCACCUGUGAUCCCUGAUCAUAUUUUCCACCUUAAAAGCAAACAAACUGUAAAGCUUUGGUUUUGAUUGGAGAAGUGAAACACGGAUGGUUGUGGCGGUGGUGUUUAUAGCUGUAUUCCCUUGCAAUGUUUUCUCAGUUUAGCUCUCUUUCUGGCCCCCGCCCUGCCCAAGCACUCAUUAGCCUUGCUGGGACUAAUGGUAAUAAUUAAUAAUGCAAGGUGUCUGCCCUGCUCAGCGUGGAAGAGAAUUUUGCCGCUCCCCCUGCUGUUUCCCCUGGACUUCUGAUCAGGUGCCAAAAGAGUGGCAAGUUUCAUCUCACCCCCUUGGCAAGGCAAAGCAGAGGACUGGCUUACAAAGUAGUUCUUAAGACAUCCACACACGGCGACAAGUUACUACUUGGCAGGUGGUCCAUCUGCAUGGACACGAGAGGUGAAGAAAACGCCAAAGAAAAAAUGAAUCCAAAUCCAUAGCUUUUCAGAAUGUGAAGUUUUGAAGCGAUCGGUUUAUAUUUCCCGCACUCCUUAAAUUCGCAAACCUUGGCAAAGGUCAGAUCUCUUUGCUGUGGGGAUUGCUUACUUGCACCCUGAAUGUGAGUUUAGUCACCGUUUGCAUAAAUGUUUAGAUGGACAUUUACGGAAGCAGGGAAUCCGCUGCGUUCUGACAAUAAUUCAUUUCAGUGAUAUUUGUAAAAUGUGAACUGAUUUUAGACUGUAGUUUGUUAGGUUGUCCACCCUUUUGAACUCGCUAGGUUUAACACUCUAAUCACGUUGCCAUACAAUAUUUCACUCCAUUCAUAGGCUGCAGGCACAGUUCUGCAGGAUUCUGCAAGGCUGUGCGGAAUGAAUGGGGGCUGCCUAUGAGACCUAUGGCGCCCUUUCAUCUUCCAGUGAGGCUUGUUUGAGGCAGAUUCCAGCUGGACUGUGUCCUGUGCCAUGAAUGUUAGGAUGGGAUCCUGUCUCUGCAAGAAGAGUUUCAGUCUCAUGGGUUCCCUCCCCCUCCACACUUUGUUUGAUCUUUGUAAACUGUGUUUAUUAUUCUUAUUUAUGACCUUGGUUGCUGUUUUUGCAUGCAUUGAGAAAUGUGGAAAAUCAGUUGCCAUGUUAGAUAAUGUAAUGGCACCAUCUAAAAAAGAUUUUUAAAAUACAAUAUAUGUAAUACUUAUCUAAGACUCCUUGUGAAAUGUUUUGGUAUUCUGUCCUGUGUGGAUUUUUUUUUUUAAAGAAAAAAAGCGCUUUUCUAAAAAAGAGAGAGAGAGAAAAGAGUGAAUGUUUGAUCGUUCUUUCUGUUUUGCUUAUUGCAUUUCAUUGACUGCAUUGGUAAAAAUAAAUAAAUGUGCCUGGUGUAGUAAUGCAGGAAACAUUUGAUCACUGUCACAUUGCGGAGAGUAUCAGACUCACAGUGGAAAGGUUUAUAGGUAGAAAAAGACUGGGUGCAAUUCAACAAAAAAUAGAUGCACAAGUCCCAUUGAAAUAGAUGCAUAGAAAACCUAGAACCCAGCUAGAGGUUGCAUAAGUAGUGCUGCAGUGAAUAAUUGAUAAAGUAGUUAAAAUGAGUUUUUUAAAAAAAUAAAACCAUUUUAAUGGACAAAAAAAGCUGCUGCUGAUUAACUUUUUCGAAAAACUAUUAUUUUUUAAAUAAAAAAACAAUUGCAUUGAAGGAUUUUAACCUACUGAGUACUGAAAUCCAAAUGCAUUUACAAAAAGCUAAUAAAAAGCAAUAUAUGUCAAAAAAGAAUAUUCUUUAAAAUUCUUCCUUUAAAAAAACUAUGGUUUUUAAUGCAAGGACUUGAUGGCAAGCCCCAUGCUUUUCUCCCAUAUGGAGGGAAUUCCUCCUCCAAGAGAUGCAGGCAUAAUCCAUGCAUGCACUGAUUUUACCUGUAAGUAAAGGCAGUCUAUUAUGAAGCAAGAAGCAGGAUUUCCCCCCUAGUAGGCAUGUAAUUAUGAACCUAAGAAGCUGGAUCUGGCCAAUGAUCCAUCUCGCCCAGCAUUCUUGUUCUCCCAGUGUCCACCCAGACAUCCCUCAAGCAAGACAUGAGCACACAGUAUCCUCCGUGCCUGUAAUUCCCAGAAACUGAUAUGCAGAAGUACCAUAUUUUUCUAUGUAUAACAUGCCCCCAUGUAUAAGACGACCCCUAUUUUGGGGGCUGCAACCAAUCACACAUCCCCCCCUAUGCACUAUCUGUGUAUAAGACGACCCCUGUCUUUUAUCAUUAAUUACAGUAAAAAAAACCUAGUCUUAUACAUGGAAAAGUACGGUAUACUGCCUGCAACAGUAAUGAGAGAACAUAGACAUGGUGGCUAGAAACUAUUAGCAGUGUUACCCUCCAUGUUUAUGAGUCAGCAGAAGCAUUUCCUUCUGUGUGGGAGAUGGUCUAAAAUCGAUGAGAAUAGUCAACCCGUUUUGAAGUGCUUUUGACCAGUGCUGCUGUCUAAAAUUAAGAGAUGUGGGCAGGAUUUUCUGUCCGUGAGAAUUGACAAUGGAUCUAACCAUUGCUUUACUGUAAAGUGGGGGCUAGCAUCUUUUGCACGCAGUUAAUGAAGUAUUAUUAAUUUCAAAUGGGACCUGGGCACCCCUAAUUCUUCUGGAUUGCACCCAGUCUUUGCAAGGAACCUGUCAUUCGGCCAAAACCGCAUUGCAAUUAUUGUUGUAACUGUUCCAAUGAAAAGCAGAAACGUGGACCACUGGAGAGCAUUUCAGUGGAAGCAAAACGAGCAAUGUUGCAUUUUCAGGAUUACCGAUUGGGAUGAUGGAACAGAAUGAUGUCAUGAAUAAAAUUCUUGGAACUUA